CCACUGCCGGGGCUCGCUCCAUGAUCGAUCGUCCUUGCUCUUCAUUUGUUUGACCUUUGGUAGUAAGACGCUUUUUGGCUGAGCUCUUCCAACCGAACUGGUUACUACUAACCUAUUUGUCACGUUCGAUAUCUUUUGCAUUCUUACAAGUUCGCCCGUUGAAUCUUCUCUAUUCGCCCCAGCAAGACGAUAUCUUACGUCAAUUCAAUCUUUGGAGGAAACUUCUAUUUCAUCUCGAUCAACUUCUUGUCUUGAAUCCUCUCCAUCAACGUUCCACUCACCCCUCCAUCUUUUGUGGUACUACUGUCUGUCAACACCACCCUUCCUGCCUCUAGCACAUGAGCCGCACAAUCGCCCAACAACGGUUCGUGGCCAUCAACCCCUCCCUUGUACCAGUUCGAAGCCAUUGGGCCAGCCUGCAUACGAUCCGUGGUCCCGCAUUCGAGCCACGACUGUAGACGUGGUCCGCCUGUCCUCAUUCGAUCUCUCUCCACAUCGCCUCCUUCCCCACGCGACUUCUUUCAUCUCGCUCGCUCUCUGGCUCUUCAGUUUCUCCCUCGGCCUCCAUUCCCAGCUCGAGCCCCGAGAGCUGCUGCUACUUGCAUUGCAGGACACAUACGGCUCCAGCGAAACAGGUGCUUGCUCUCCUUCCCCGAGCUGGUGUUCGACAGGCAAACCAGACCACUUUCCAACCCGGUGUCGUUAUCUCUUACCGCCACGGUCUUCAGUCGACUUUGACACGGCUCGUGCCUUUAAGUCACAGUAGAUGUUUUCCAGGAAAUACUCAUAUCCUGGCAAGGCUGUCAUCAGGAUGGAUCCUGACUGUGCUAUAUGCCAUGCCCCGGCCAACAUGGCAUGUGAGUGUGAGGCCAAGGGCCUCGACGUCGCUGUCAAACAAGCCGAGGACCGCAUGAUGCGGUCGAUAUAUACUGAAAUACGUUCCUGGGUUCGAGGCCAUGCGCAAGACUACAUACUUGAAUAUUUCCGCCUCCUCACCGACCAACGAAAGACUGCCCAUGCUGCGCAUAUGGAUCGAAUCACUGCCCACGCUUAUCAUUAUUAUCAUGCCCCGCCUCAUCCGACGCAAGUUGCCGAAGCGCAAGCCUCAUUGAAACGCGGCAUUGACGAAGAUUGGCAGGCGAGCGUACAGCGUUACCCCGAAGUACUGGAAUAUUUCUUUGGACUGGUCGAGCUUACACUGCCGGCGGAGGAUGAGCCGGCCGUUAAAGAGCCGCCAUUAGGAUCGCUAUCAAAUCUACGAAAAGUAAACCGCCGAAACAGUAAUAACCCUCCCGGCGCCGCUGGCGCAGUUGUACCCCCAGGAUACCGCGGCGACCCAGGUCCGAUGCACCAGGAGCCUCCACCGAUGCCUAUGCCUCGAGCCGAUCGUCGAACUCCCGGCCCUGGAAUGAGACGACCCAACUUUGGAGCGCCACCGCCAAUGCCUGGCGGUUACAACUAUCCUCCUCCUCCUCCUCCAUACUAAACCUUUGUAAAUGGGUCAAUACGAUAACGCUGGGCAUUCAUAGAUGCUGAGGAUACUACAAAAUUCAUAUUACGAUAACGAACAUCACGACCAUUGCAUAAACAGGGCGUGGAGUAUUACCGGCAUGGCGGAACAAGGCAGCAUCAUUAUUGGCGGGGUUGAAGGUUGGGCUGACGAUGUUUUUUGUGUCCGAGUACAAACCUUUCCCAGCUUGCAUUUUUGUUUUGGAGUACCAGGGGUUAACAAAGUUGGGCAUUGUUGUUUGUGUAUCUGAAAUUACAAAAUACCACGCCAUUAAAGGCAAAAUCAAGAACGACGCACAGCAAUUCUUU